AUGGCAUACACUUCGAUAAGCGCGAAAAGCAAGCCAGUCGGCCCCGGAUCGUCCCUCCGAGUUACUCCUUCCAACUCGCCCAAUCUACGCCCGCCGCCGCGCACCCCCAGCAAGCCUCCCUUGCACCAGAGUACUUUAACUCUCCAGACGGUAAUCGGCACCACCACAACCACUCCCAAUGGAUUCUCCAGUCACGACCAAAGCAAGUCUUUUGCGUUCUGUGCCGGCUCCGCGGCUGUUUUGGCAGAGGUGGACGAGGGGGGAAAUGUGAAUCAACGCUUUUUUAGAGCUCGACCCUCCGUGUCCAGCGUCAACCCGGUUACCUCAUACUACCAUCAGUCCACUCCUCCUACCACCCCGGACACUCGUGCGAAAGCUCUAUCAAGCCUGAGACCUACAUCAAGCGCCAGCGUCCACAAUGUAUCUCCUUCGAGCGAUUUGGCAGAAACUGCCGGGCCCCGACCCUGGUCAUCGAGAGAAAGAGUGAAAGCGGUUACUGGUGUUUCUAUAAGUCCGAAUGGGAGAUUACUUGCAGUUGGGGAGACCGGUUAUAGCCCGCGAGUUCUGAUAUUUUCAACGGCAAAGGAUGCCCCCUCAGACGUCCCUCUCUCUAUUAUGAACGACCAUACAUUCGGAGUCCGCAGUCUUGCUUUCAGCUCCAAUUCCUUGAACUUAGCGACGCUGGGGGAUGCGAAUGACGGGUUUCUUUUUGUGUGGUCGAUCAGCCCGAAAAAUGGCGCUGCACAGCUCCAUUCGACCAAUAAGUGUACUGCUCACAUCCGCGACAUGUGUUGGAUGGGACAAGCUUUGAUCACUGCCGGAGUUCGACAUGUGAAAGUCUGGAGACUUGCGGACGCACGGCCCGGAUCACCUACGAAAUCACGCUUAACCCUGGAAUCGGCCCCGAGCUCUCCGAAUCUUACUCCAAAGGCACUUUCAGGGAGAAAUUGCUUACUAGGUACUUUGGCGGAGAGCACGUUUACUAGCGUGGCAAGCGUCUCCGAUACUGGUGCCGUCGUAGGCACAGAUAAAGGGUCACUUUGCUUUAUCGAUGAUAACGAGGGUUCUCAGAAGUUAUCCCUCGUUCAGCACAUGGGCUUCGGGAUCACUUCCUUGGCGGUCGAUUCAGAUAGAUCCUGCAUCUGGAUUGGAGGCCGUGACGGGCAAAUACAAAGCGUCCCAUUGAGCAUUUUGCAAAAUUCGCUUCCACCUCCAUCGCCAACCCAUUCAGAAUCGUCCUUCCUAACAGAAAUCCAAGACAAGAAACCAGCCAUAAGCUGUAUUGGAUAUCUCACCUCGCACCUGGUGACACUUGAUGUUACAAGGGGAACCCAUGUGUACAUCAUUGAGGCACUGGACGAUGAAAAUGAGCUGGCUCAUACGGCAAAUUCUCUCCCUGGGUACAGGGAUGCUGUACUGGGUGUCCGACCCUUGCAGUUGCCAAACGAUCUGGACGCCGACUUUUUCACAUGGUCAUGUAAAGGCACUGUGAACUUCUGGGACAUUCGGGGAAGGAAUCGAGCGACCCAAACAGUCCCUUUAGAGGCUUCUGGGACUAGCGAGGACUCUUCAAACGAAAUAAAAGUUCUUCGUACGACAGAGAACACGGAUCUCUUUGUCGCAGGGGAUAGGUUUGGUGUCCUAAGGGUAAUGGAUGGCAAAACUUGGAGUUGUACAAAUGAAGCUCGAGCACAUGGAGGCGAAAUUACAGACAUUGCUUUGCAUUCGGCUUUUGACUCCUGCUUAAUUGCCAGUUGUGGACGUGACCGCAUGGUCCAGCUCUUCCAAAAGUCCGACGAAGACUUUCAAUUAAUACAAACCAUGGAUGAUCAUGUUGGAGCAAUCAGCCAGUUGCUUUUCGUCAAUGACGGCGAAAGGCUCCUCUCUGGCUCUGCCGACCGUACUAUCCGUGUUCGGGAUCGUGUAACCCGAGAGGACAACGGGGCGACGGAAAUUGCGUACCUGGUAUCAAAAGUGAUCACGCUAAAAGCGUCUCCAGUCUCUAUGACCCUGGCCCCUGAAGACGCAAACGUUGUCGUCGUAUCCACGAUAGACCGCUAUGUCCAGCAUUACGACAUGGUUACUGGUCGCCUCUUGCAAUCUUUUCGCCCUGCCGACCCCGACUCCAGUGAUACAGUCGUUAUGGGCUCCCUAACAGUUGCCGAGGAAGUUCCAGGACAAAGUCCCAGGCUUCUCAUUGGGGUGUCGGGAACAGACAAAUCGAUCCGCGUUUAUGAUAUAGAUCGGGCAGCUCUUCUUACCGGUGAAUUUGGCCAUACAGAGGGUGUCAGUGACGUUUGUCUGCUUGAACGCGAGUCAUGUUCUCCCGAGCAACCCGUUGUUCGAACAAUAAUUAGUUCAGGCAUUGAUGGUAUUGUUAUGAUAUGGAACAUGUCAGUGCAGCCGCUGCAGAGUCAAGAGCGAAAUGACGAAGACACGACUCCGAAGGAACUAUCUGUUUCCAACCCUCCUCUGCGCAAAUUAUUGUCUCGAACCGACCUUGCUGGGUUUCAUCGCCAAGAAAAUAUACCUGGCACUCCGACUCCAGUGCGCGAACAUUCUCCGCCGCUGUCCCGGAAACUGUCAAAGAUGUCGCUCGCUCCUUCAUCUGGGAAGCACUGUCACUCAUUGCCAACAACUCCGCCUUACUCUUCAUUCAAUCGGUCUUCUGCUUCGAGCCAUCGCUUUGAGAAACAACACAGAUCGCCUUCGCCUUCGAGUCCCAAGUCCGCGUUCGGAAAGAGAAGCAGGCAUUCAAGUAACACUGCUCGCCACUCUCACGAACUGCGUACGCGUACUCGAAGCUCCAACAGAAAUGAUUUUGGAAAUUUAGAUACAUCUACCGAUCAAGUUUGCCGUACGUUGAGAGCUUACAGAAAGAAGCUCAACGGAUCUACAGAUAGUGUUCACUCUCAAAAAGAGCUUGAGCGGGAACUGAAUCUCACUCUGCGGGUCUUGACCUCGCGAACUAAAGUCUGUGAUAGCGCAGACACUGAGACUGAUAGCAGCGGAAAAGAAAACGAAAGGCUAGCGGUUCCGAUGCCCAAUAGAACGGCACGUCGAAUGCCAUCAACCCCGAAUCUAGGCCAACGUGAAUCACAGAAGGUCCUGAGAAGUCAUUCUUUUGAUGCGAAUGCGGGAUAA